AUGCGGCCCCCUCAGCAAGGGGAACAAGAUCCGUCGGUGAACGCUCUUAGUGCGAUAACUCUCCAGAAAAUCGCAGUCUUCGAUACCCCGACAACAGUCACUCGCUCUCCUGACUACCAGAAACUGAUUGGGCAUGGGCUUCAUCAGGUUGUGGCCACUCAACUCGACGACAUUUUCAAAACCGGGAAGCUUUCCUAUUCCGACCUGGAUGAAAGAGCUUUGGAUGCAUUGAAAGAGUUCCCGCAAGAGGGUGCCCUCGCUGUCUUGAAACAGUUUCUCGAUUCUUCACUUGAACACGUCUCGAACAAGUCCGCUUUCCUCUGUGGGGUGAUGAAAACUUAUCGGCAAAAGAGCAAAAUGCCAAAUGUUACAACAGAGAACGCUGUCAAAGGUCCCGACCAGGACAAAAUCAAGGCGAUUCUCGACAGAACGGGCUAUGCUCUCGACGUUACUACUGGACAGAGAAAGUACGGAGGUCCUCCACCGGAUUUCGAUGGACCGACACCAGCUGCUGGUUGCGAAGUGUUCGUUGGGAAGAUCCCCAAGGACAUGUUUGAAGACGAACUCAUUCCUCUUUUCGAGAAGUGUGGAAAAAUAUACGAUCUGCGACUGAUGAUGGAUCCGCUCACUGGGCUGAACCGGGGCUACGCGUUCAUCACAUUCUGCGAGAAACAGGGGGCACAAGAGGCGGUAAACAUGUUUGACAACCACGAGAUCAGGAAGGGCAAGCACAUCGGAGUGACUAUUUCUAUCAACAACCAUCGUCUGUUCGUCGGUAACAUACCCAAAAACCGAGGACGCGACGAGUUGUUGGAGGAAUUCACCAAACACGCCCCGGGUUUGACCGACGUUAUCAUUUACACGUCGCCCGACGAUAAGAAGAAGAAUCGCGGCUUCUGCUUCUUGGAAUACGAGUCUCACAAAGCUGCCUCUUUAGCGAAACGUCGUUUAUCUACCGGGAGGAUCAAGGUUUGGGGGUGUGACAUCAUCGUUGAUUGGGCUGAUCCCCAGGAGGAACCCGACUCCGAGACAAUGUCCAAGGUGAAGGUGUUAUACGUCCGUAACCUGACUCAGGAAGUAACCGAAGAGAAACUCAAAGAGGUGUUCGAGGAAUUCGGCGGCAGAGUGGAGAGAGUUAAAAAAAUCCGAGACUAUGCGUUUGUGCAUUUUGAGGAUCGCGAGGACGCCUUGAGGGCUCUCGAAAAGAACAACAAUCGCGAGGCCGGUGGCGCUCCGAUGGAAGUCUCCCUAGCCAAACCGCCGUCGGAUAAGAAAAAGCGUGAGGAGAUCCUCCGUAACCGUGAGCGUCGUAUCAUGCAGAUGCUGCAUUCGCGAGCAAUGUUCGGCAACGACUACAGAAUGCAUUUGCUACCGCCGGCACACAUCCUCCGAGGCGGAAACGGUGGCGGUCCCCGCGGCAGAGCCCCGCUCCCGAUCAGACCUUACGGUGGAGAUUUCUACAACUACGGUGGCUACAAUGGAGGCAACGGCUACGGGCCUGGCGCCGAAUUCUACGAUGAUUAUUAUAACUAUCCCGAUUACUAUGAUUAUUCGACGUCGCAUGGUGGUCGGGGUAGAGGCAAUGAUGGCCGCGUUCGUAAGUCUAACAAUGGAAACAGCCAAAUCCAUCAACAGCAGAAUCAAAUUUCCAAGGCCAAAGGCCAACCUUCGAGUUGA